AAGUUAGGCCAUCCCAUAUUCCCAGCCCACUCUUCUUCCUUCCCUCUCUCCUCUGACAGAAAUGCUUCAGGCUUCCGCAUAUACGCAUAUGCAUUCACACUGGAGACGCUCCAUUUCUACCCGCAUAUCCCCCAUCACAUACAUGCCAUACUUCACAAUGUGUUUCCUCAGAUUCUAUUCCCCAAAAUGCCUUCUUUCUCUUCCACCUAAUCAAUGCUAAAUCCUCUCUGUUCAUCGCCGCCCAUUUCACCAUAGCCCCAUACCUUCAAUUCCACUUCACCACCACCAUCAUCAUCGUCGUAUACUUGUGUGUUGUUCUUCAAGCUGAAUCCGAGCUUGUAUGGCAUACUAGUGCUUGUGAUGGAAUUGCAACCAUAGAGGAUGAUGAUGAAGAAAAUAAGUGUCUUGUCUGAAUGGGUUGGUUCCAUCACGAGGCGGAAGCUAUCUUAGAUGGUAUAGAAUCUGGGAUCAUGUGUGGCGAAGAUGAAAGGGUUGCCAUUGAUGGGAAUUAUAUUUAUAGUGAUGCUAUUUUUUGUAUACAGGACAACUGAUUUUCAGUAUCAAUGGACACAGCAUUCUAGCAUGGCUAGCAAAAGACUAAAACAUUUGCCUCAUAGAGCCAGUGAACCUAGAUCAGAUCUUGAAUUAAAGCCUCCAUGGUCAAUGAGUUCUUCAAAGGUUGAUGUUCCUGGAGCUCACAACUUGUUGGCAAUGCCAGUUGGCAUUAAGCAGAAGGAUAAUGUUGACAAGAUUGCUCAAAAGUUUCUUUCAGAGAAUUUCACAAUCAUAUUGUUCCAUUAUGAUGGUAAUGUAAGUGGCUGGUGGGAUCUUGCAUGGACUAAGACGGCCAUUCAUAUAGUGGCUCACAACCAAACAAAAUGGUGGUUUGCAAAGCGUUUUCUGCACCCAGCUGUCGUAUCUAUUUAUGAAUACAUAUUCCUAUGGGAUGAGGAUUUGGGUGUCAAGAAAUUUCACCCUGGAAGAUACCUUAGAAUUGUGAGGUCAGCUGGACUGGAGAUAUCUCAGCCAGCUCUAGACCCAAAUUCAACUGGCAUACACCACAGAAUCACCAUACGACGGAGAACAAAGAAGUUUCACAGAAAAGUCUAUUAUGACAGAGGUAGUACAAAAUGUUCUGAUGAAAGUGAAGGUCCUCCAUGCAGUGGGUUUGUGGAAGGAAUGGCUCCAGUCUUUUCAAGGUCUUCAUGGCAUUGUGUCUGGCAUCUUAUUCAGAAUGAUCUUGUUCAUGGAUGGGGAAUGGACAUGAAGCUCGGUUAUUGUGCACAGGGGGAUCGGACGAAAAAGGUGGGAGUUGUUGAUAGUGAAUACAUAGUUCACCAAAGCAUUCAAACUUUGGGUGGGGCGUCAUCUAAAAAGGUUUUAGAUCCUCAUGUGUCAAUGAAGAGGAAUCCUGUUGACGCCAGAUAUGAGAUACGGAAGCAAUCGGCGUACGAGCUGCAACUGUUUGAAGAAAGGUGGCACAGAGCAGUGGAGGAGGAUAAGAGCUGGGAAGAUCCCUAUAAACUCGCCCCAAAAAUCAAGCACCUAUGAAGGUUUGAACAGAAAGAGCAAUGCCAUUCUCUGUUAAUAUCCGGGAACAAACUUCAGUUUCUCUCUUGUAAAAAAUAGUGUUCUCUCCAUCAUAAUCUUCUAGUUUACUAUUUGAAGGUCAUUUGAUACAUUUAAGUAUUUGUCCUCGUUU